GCAGCGGCGGCGGGAGCGGCUCCUCCUGCGCGCCAUGAGCACCGGCACAGUUUCACAACCACAGGCUGUACAUAGCCAGCUGGAGAAGCCAUCAAGUACAGCAAUUCUCUGCAAUACCUGUGGAAAACCAUGCAAAGGAGAAGUUUUGAGAGUUCAGAGCAAAUAUUUCCAUAUUAAAUGCUUUGUUUGCAAAGCUUGUGGAUGUGACCUGGCUCAAGGAGGAUUUUUUGUGAGACAGGGAGACUACAUCUGUACUUUGGACUACCAGAGACUCUAUGGCACACGAUGCUUCAGUUGUGAUGAAUUCAUUGAGGGAGAAGUGGUGUCAGCACUGGGCAAAACCUACCACCCAGACUGUUUUGUGUGUGCUGUCUGCAGGUUGCCUUUCCCUGCAGGUGACCGUGUAACUUUUAAUGGGAAGGAAUGCAUCUGCCAGAAAUGUUCCCUGCCCCCUUCCAGCACCACUGGCUCUUUCCCGGUACAGAACCUGCGCAAUUGUGGGGGUUGUGGUUCAGAAAUAAAAAAUGGUCAGUCCUUGGUCGCCUUGGACAAGCACUGGCAUUUGGGCUGUUUUAAGUGCAAUACGUGUGGCAAGCUACUGAAUGCAGAGUAUAUCAGCAAGGAUGGGGUUCCGUACUGCGAGACGGACUAUCACGCCAAGUUUGGUAUCAGGUGUGACAAUUGUGAGAAGUACAUCACAGGAAGAGUGCUCGAGGCAGGAGAAAAACAUUAUCACCCAACCUGUGCACGAUGUGUCAGGUGCAAUCAGAUGUUUGCAGAAGGAGAAGAAAUGUAUCUUCAAGGAACAUCCAUUUGGCAUCCACUUUGUAGACAGGCUGCAAAGGCUGAAGAAAAAAACAAGGAAACUAGGACUUCCUCUGAGAGUAUUAUUUCUGUACCUGCUUCAAGUACAUCAGGUUCCCCAAGCCGUGUGAUCUAUGCAAAGCUUGGAGAUGAAAUUCUUGACUACAGGGACUUGGCUGCUCUUCCUAAAAAUAAAGCCAUCUAUAACAUUGACCGCCCAGAUAUGAUCUCCUAUUCUCCAUAUAUCAGUUACUCUUCAGAUGACAGGCAUAGUUAUGGGGAGGGUGACCAAGAUGACAGAUCUUUCAAGCAGUACAGGACAUCAAGUCCUAGCUCUGCUGGCUCCCUGGGCUAUGGUCGCUACACCCCCACCUCCCAUUCUCCUCAGCAUUACAGCAGACCAGCUGGUACUCACAGUCUUGGUACCAGUAGCUGCAUCUCCCUGCCCCAACACCCAAGCCUUACAUCUACAUUCAGACAUCAUUACAUCCCUUUCUUCAAAGGCAGUGAAAGUGGUCGGAGCACUCCAAGCUUAUCCAUGUACUCUGACAGCAAAUCUUCACCUUCUGUCUAUCAGCAGGCUCCUAGGCAUUUCCAUAUUCCAGACACUGGCGUGAAAGAUAACAUCUAUAGGAAACCUCCUAUCUACAAACAGCAUGCAGCAAGAAGAUCAGAAGGGGAGGAUGGAAGCUUGGAUCAGGACGGUAAGAAGCUGAAGACCAGCUGGCUGAUUCUCAAAGGGGAUGUGGACACCAGAACCAACUCCCCGGACUCGGAGACGCGGUCGCUGUCGCUCACUGCGGGCAGUGACCGGGGCCAGGAGGGCACGACUGCUGGCUACUCCCGAUUUCCAUAUUCUAAGUCUGCUUCUCUGCCUGGCUAUGGAAAGAAUGGCUUGCAUCAGCCUGAAACUAUGGGCCAAUAUGAAACGGACCAGGAGGCAAGCUGGGGGAUGAAAGAAUACAAGAUUUAUCCUUAUGAAACACUUAUUGUAACAAACCGAGUUCGUGUGAAAUUGCCUAAGGAUGUGGACAGGACCAGGCUGGAGAGGCAUUUGUCCCCUGAAGAGUUCCAGGAAGUCUUCAAAAUGAGUAUUGAGGAAUUUGAUCGUCUGGCACUUUGGAAGAGGAAUGACCUGAAGAAAAAGGCCCUGCUUUUCUAAACCCUCUUGGAUGAAAUAUGUGCUUAAUCAAAACAAAAAUAGUCUUGCCAGAACUAUCACAUGCACUUGCUGUUGAACCAUUGUCCAGCUUCAUUGUGUUAGUAUGUGUCAGGGAAACAAGACAGAUUAGAUGGUAAUGUGUUGGGAUACGGAGAAUUUGCUAAUCUUGCAUUUCCAGCUGGUUUUGUCAGUAACUCCUGGUCCUACCCAGUUUACAAUGUGCAAAAAAUCUAGCUUUAAAUUUAUUGUUGCUUGCAUUUGUUGCUUGAUGCAAAUGGAAAUUCUGAAAGAGAAGAAAGUGUAGCUGUACACAGGAAAUGCAUUCAACAUUUUGUUCCAUUCAGUUUUAUAAUGCAAUUUUUACAAAAUCAAGUAAGUAAUUAUUAUAGAAAUUUUCCAGCGGGGGAUCAGAUGCUAUUGAAGAUAUGGUAAAAGCCAAAGAAAAGCAUAUCUGCAAGCAAUUAUUGCAAUUGUUUAUCUGUGGUACUUUUUAAGAAUGAAAGCAGAAAUAUGGAAGCACCUUAAUUCUACUUCUUAUAUUUAAACACAGCGUACUCUUUAAAAGAUCAUAUUUGUCUAGAAGGUAACUAGCUAUCUUUAAUUACAACACCAGAGUUUUUAUUUUAUUAAGAAUAUAUUGUGACAUAAAACGGUUAUAAUUACUAAAAUAUAUACAGACCUACUAAGAUUUAGUUCCAUUCAUCAGGAAAACUGAAGCCUUAUAAAAAACUGGUUUAAGAGUGUAUUGUGCCAGUUGACUGUGGUUUCCUACUAGUUUGGGGUGUUUGAAGAAUGAUUUUUUUACAUUUCAUGCUGAUAAAAUACCAUGUAAUCUUAAUUACUAUGUAGAUAGAUAUCUCUAUCUAUAAAAUAAUUAUUUUCAUUAAUAUAUGUGCUAAGUGAAGACAUUCUUACUUUCUCAGCUUUAGACAGUAAGCCAUGAAAACUAUGAUGGCAUUUGAUAGAUAUGGAAAUGGAACAGUUCAGCAUAAAAUGUAACAAAAAAAGCUUGGUGUGCUCUAUCAGUAAUACAGACAAUUAGAAUCAAAUACAUAAAACCCUCAUGCAUUACUAUUUGCAUGUUUCUGUACAAGUCAAUUUGAAAAAAAACAAACUAUGUGAUACCAGUGCAGUACCUUGAAACUAUCUUAAAUAACAAGCAAAGCUAACAAAAUCUAAGCAUUUGAUAUAAGUGUUAGACCUUAAUAUCUCUUCCAGCUGAAAGACUGUAUUAAAUUUAAUAGUUUCAUUUGGUCAGAGGUAUGGUUGCUGACAAAGAAUGUUUUAAAGUGAGUUGCUAGUUUUGUGUGAUACUAAAUGAGCAUUACAAAAAGUACAUUUUUCAGCCAUGUGUCAGUAUCCUGCAUUUUUACUGCCUUGGAUGUUUGUACUCACCUCCUACUUCACUAUGUCUUUUCUCAUUUCCCUAAGGUAACUGGUUAAUAUAUGCACUACAACACACUAUUUCAACUGACCCAGCAUUGGAAAAAUCAUAGCAUUGAACAUGCCUUCUUCCAACUAACUUUCAAAGUCCAUGCUGUUGGAAAUAAAUAUUUUCUCAUGACCUAAAUGUUUUGUCUGAUGAUACAAAUGUUUAAAAAAAUUCAUUAAAACAAAGACAUAACUGAAUGACUUUGUUAACGUGUGUAUAAUUUUUUAGAUCAUAUUGCUGCUCUGGAUAAGGUCUUCCUGUGAUAUUAAUGUAAAUAGUAUCUAAUUUGCAUUAAAUUUGCUCACUGAGGAGAGUGUUGACUGUA